AUGAGUGAACUAGAGGAAUCGUUAUUAGCAAAGCAUCGCAAAGAAUUGAAAGAUUUGCAAGCCACAGUAACUGGGAUGAAGAAGCAAGCCAAUAAAAAGAACCGCAAACAAGUCAAUAAGAAGUGUCAAGAGUUGGAAGACAAUUUGAAAUCAAAACAUCAACAGGAGUUAAAAGACUUGAAGAAAGAAUUAGGUGGUGAAGAAGAUGACGAGGAAGAAAAUGAUGAUGAUGAAUUUUCCCCAGAGAAGCUUUUGCAGCAAUUAGAACUUGAGAAGAAAGAAGAAGAGGGAGAAAUCGAUGCAGAAUCGGUAAAGAAACAAAAGGAGGAAGCAGCAAUGGCCCCUGGUGAUCAGAAGAAGAAGAAGAGAAAUAGACAAAAGGAAAGAUUGGCUAAGAGAGCCGCCGAACAAGAUAAGAUCCGGGAAGAGGCACAAAGUGAGGCAAUGAACCAGGUUGAUUACGGAGCGAUUGAAAAACAGAGUUUGGAUCAGUUAUGUGAAAAAAUGAAGUUGGUACAGUAUGAUAUUUUGCCCGACGGGAACUGUUUGUUUGCUUCUAUCGGUGAUCAAUUGAAGAUGAGACACGGGAUUGAAGUCGAAGUAAAGGAAUUACGACGCAGAGCUGCGGAUUACAUCAAGAAGCAUGAAAGCCAAUUCCAGCCGUUUUUGUUUGAUGAGGAGACAUUGACAAUGGGGAACCUUGAUGAGUACGUUGAGAAGAUCAAGAACACUAGUGAAUGGGGCGGGGACAUGGAGAUUUUGGCCUUAUCCAAAGAGUUUGACGUUCCAAUCAGUGUGUUGAUGAGCGGCAGGGCAGCUCACCACGUGAAUGAGGAUGGUAGUGGAAGCGAGUUGAAGCUUGUGUACUACAAGCACGUUUACGGGUUGGGUGAGCAUUACAAUUCGCUCCGGGAUGCCUGA